AUGGAUUCUAUAAAGAUCGCAAAAGUUGAAAAUGUUAUACUUGAUAAAGGUCAAACAAAUGUGGUUGGCACACUUCAUUUAACCACUUAUCAAUUGAUCUUUCAAUUUCCUGAAAAUGUUGAAGAACUCUUGUUUGUUGUUUAUCCAAUAAUUCACACAGUUGAAUGUAGACCUCCUACAAAUUCAGAGCCUAAACUUUGGCCUCUGAUCAUUCGAUGUCGUAAUUUUGUAUUUUUUACAUUAUAUUUGACAUUUGAGCAAGAUGCAAUCGAUGUUUUUGACACUAUACAAAAAUUAACAUGUAUCAAAGGCUCUAUUAGUCAAGUAUAUGCAUUCGAUUAUGAACCUGAAAAAAAAUUUAUUUGUAAUGAUGGGUGGAGUUUAUACGAUCCUUCAAAAGAAUUUGCUAGAAUGGGAUUGACUAAAACAUGGAGAUUUUCUUACAUUAAUGAAAAAUAUGACUUUUGUCCAACAUAUCCACAUUUAUUAGUAUUCCCAUCUAAAAUUAGUGAUACUGUUUUAGGAUAUGCUACAAGAUUUCGUAGUAAAUCACGUGUACCAACUUUAAGUUAUCUACAUUGGUCAAAUAAGGCCUCAAUAACUAGAUCAAGUCAACCGAUGGUUGGGCUUAAACAAAAUAGAUCCAUACAAGAUGAAAAGCUUAUUGAAGCCAUAUUUCAAUCAAACCUACCACCUUCAAGUAAUGGAAGACAAAUUUAUGGCUCAACAUCAACCAAUUUAAUUGUAGAUGCCAGACCAACAGCUAAUGCAAUGGCAAAUGGAGUUAUGGGAGCAGGAUCAGAAAAUAUUGAAAAUUAUAAAAAUUGUACUAAAUGUUAUAUGGGAAUAGAUAAUAUUCAUGUUAUGAGAGAUAGCUUGGGAAAAUUGGUUGAAGUAAUUCAAUCAGCCGAAGCAAGUGGAUCACCGAUUAAAAAACAACACUUAGAUAGAUCUAAUUGGCUUAAACAUAUAAGUUCAUUAUUGUAUGCAGCAGUUAAGAUUAUAAAAAAUGUUCACGUAUAUAAUUCACACGUACUUGUACAUUGUUCAGAUGGAUGGGAUCGUACAGCACAAUUGACUUCGAUAUCAGAAUUAUCCUUAGAUCCAUAUUAUCGUACAUUUAUAGGAUUUCAAGUUUUAAUAGAAAAGGAGUGGGUUUCAUUUGGACACAAAUUUAGCGAUAGAUCGGGGCAUUUGAGUAAUGAGAAAUUUUUCAUUAACUCAGCAGCGAAUUCAGCAUUGAAUCGAUUUUAUUAUAAGCAAACACAUCAAAGAGAGAUAUCUCCAGUCUUUCAUCAAUUCCUAGAUUGUGUCUAUCAACUUUAUAAACAAUUUCCAACAAGGUUUGAAUUUAAUGAAAAGUUUCUUAUAGAAUUACAUUGCCAUUGUUAUUCGUGUCAAUUUGGUACAUUUUUGUUUAAUUCAGAGAAAGAAAGAAAAGAUUAUAAUGUAGCCAAAAAAACUUAUAGUGUGUGGGAUUAUUUUAAUUCAGAUAGAGAACAAUUCAUAAAUCCUUUAUAUGAUAGAGAUUUUAGUGGAGAGAAUGGAGAGAAAGAAAGAUUUAAUGGAAUAGAUAUGGGAGUAUUAAUACCAGAUAUUAAGAAUGUUGUGUAUUGGGCUGGAUUAUUUAAUAAAAAAGAUGAAGAAUUAAAUGGAAGUACUGAAUGUAAAGAAGAAAAUAAUGAUAACUUGGUUUCUUCACCAAUUAAUGUUGAUGAUGAUAAUAACGGUGGUGGAAAAGAGAUUAAGAAUUUUGCAAGGUUUACAAUUAAUAAUAUGAAAAGUGUGGCAGCAAGAGUCACAUCACCAUCGUUAACAGCAUCACCAUCGUUAGCAACAUCACCAUUGUUAACAACAUCACCAUCGUUAACAACAUCACCAUCGUUAACAACAUCACCAUCGUUAACAACAUCACCAUCAUUAACAACAUCAACAUCAAAUUUCUCAAAAGCAAAGCGAUCACCAAUUACUACUACUACUAUCAAUACAAAAAAACAAGAUUGCAUUACUACUGCAGAAUUACCGCAUCCUCUUUACAAUUCGCUUUCAGAAUUUUAA